AUGUUGAAGCUGCUGCUGAUGAUAUCCAUGUAUUAUCCGCUGUCCGUGGGCCUCACCUUCUACCAGAAAUGGUUCAUUCGGGUAGGUUUUGGGGGCUUGUUGGGGUGUUUUGGAGGUUUGACGGGGUAAAAUACGAUGUACAAAUGGUUUUCCGGAUCUUAUAGAGAUAUGAGAGUAAAAUUGGUGACGAAAAUGGGAUUUUAGAGGCCUUUUUAUAUAUACUGGGUAAUAACAGGAAAAAAUUUUUCGAUUUUUGGAAUUCCGAGGAUAAAAAAAUAAUAAAAUACGGCUAGACUACGUUCAAUUUUUAUUUUUAUUUCAGAAUGCUUGGUUUUCUAGAGAUUUUUAUAUUACACUAGGUAGUAAUAGGUAAAAAAUUUGAAUUUUUUAGUGAAUUUAGGAUUUUUAGCUUGGUAAAAUACGGGCAGUCGAAAUUUUUUUUCUCUUGACAUUAUUUUCGAGCAAAAUUUGGACAAAACUUAGUAAAUUAGAGACAUUUUUAUAGUAGGUACAUACUAGGUAAUGAUCAUUAUAAUGAUAAGCUAAAUGGAGUAUUUUUUGGUGAUUUUGUAAAUUUUGAAAGGUAAAAUACGGUUUCAAGCUCAUUUGAAAAAAAUUUAGAAGAAAAUCGAAGCCAAAGUGAUAGAUUUCAGAUAUUUUUAUAUUACACUAGGUAGUAAUAGGUAAAAAAUUUUGAAUUUUUUAGUGAAUUUAGGAUUUUUAGUUUGGUAAAAUACGGGAGACGACUUUUUUUUUCUGUUGACAUUUUUUGCGAGCAAAAUUUGGGAAAUAAUUGGGAUUUUAGAGACAUUUUUAUAUUAGUUUUAUACUGGGUAAUGAUCAUUAUAAUGAUAAGCUAAAUAGAAUAUUUUUUGGUGAUUUUGUAAAUUUUGGAAAACAAAAUACGGUUUCUGGCUCAUUUUGAUGAAAUUUUAGGAGAAAAUCGGAGGCAAUGUGAUACCUUUCAGAUAUUUUUAUAUUAUACUAGGUAAUCAUGAUAAAAAGAUGAUUUUUUUUGCCGGUUCUAAGGGUUUGCUGGGGUAAAAUACGGGCAAAACUUAUAUGUUAUCUAGUCAUUAAACGGGUUGUUGAAAAAAAGUUAGAUAAUAAUCGAUUUUAGAGAUUUAAAAAGGGGUUCUUGCAGCUGACCUAGUGUAAUAUAAAAAAUGGCCGAAUAAGGGGUUACGUUUGAAUUUGAUUGCGAUGUUUUGUAUUCAGAAGAUAGACAAGACUUUAAAAAUGAUUUUUGACCGGAUCUUUUGGUCUUAUAUGAGCCUAUUUUUUGUCUACAGCAGUUAUAUUACUCAUGAUGACGAUUGAAAAAUUGCUCAAAAAUAUCUUCUAAAAUCUAAAUUUAGUAAGUACAUUGCGUUCGAUAUAACCUAUGAAUCAUUUCACAGCAGUCUACGUCGAUUUCAACAGCAUUUCCAAGGUUAUUCCGCCGUAUUUUUAUACCAGAUACCUACCGUAAUAUAGUUUAAUUUCACCUACCUUUUUCUCGGAACUCCGUUGACCACUGAUUACACUCGAUUGAAAUAUUACAUUUCUCAUCUUUUUACCCCACACUUUGGGGGCAUUUUGUCAGCGUGGCUGCAGAAUCCGUCAUCGACACGCGGCGAAAAAUCGACGAAAAUUUAAUUUUUCCGUCUCCCAAAGGAAGAUUCUUGGUUUGAACCUUGUUGUUUAUGCUUCGAAAAUACCGUAACAUAAUUAAAACGGUGAAUAUCACACAAACUAAAUGAUGGAAGGUCAGAAAAAAGAUUUUUCAACUAUUUUGAACCUAAAAUAAUGUAAAAUUUGAGGGAAAGGAGGAAAAUGAAGGUGGAUGGAGGGUAAAAUACAGCUAGAGAAGCAUGAAAUUUAAUUUGAAAUUAAGUUUGAGACCUAAAACACGGCCAAAAAAUUUUAUGGCAAAUUUUUAUGUUACACUUGACGUCAGAUGGAAAAUUGUUGAUUUUUGAUCUAAAAAAGAGCUUUAAAGUAUUUAUUUUGGCGGACAUGAUGUAAAAUACGGUCUAUGUUAUUGAAAUGUUCAAUAACGACUUCCCAGGAAAAAAUUUUUUUUUGUUUUGCCCAAUAGCUACCUAAAAUAAUAAAAAAUUUGAUGGAAAUGAAGGUGGAUGGAGGGUAAAAUGCAGCUAGAGAAGCUUGAAAUUUAAUUUGAAAUUAAGUUUGUGACCUAAAAUACGGUCAAAAAAAAUUUAUCGCAAAUUUUUAUAUUACACUUGAUGUCAGAUGGAAAAUUGUCGAUUUUGGAUAUAAAAAGGGCUUCAAAUUAUUUAUUUUGAUCGGAUAUGAUGUAAAAUACGGUCUAUGAUAUUGGAAUGUUCAAUAACGACUUGCCAGGAAAAAGUGUUUUCUGUUUUGCCCAAUAGCUACCUAAAAUAAUAAAAAAUUUCAUGGAAAGGAAGGAAAUAAAGGUGGUUGAAGGGUAAAAUACAGCUAGAGAAGCUCGAAAUUUAAUUUGAAAUUAAGUUUGAGACCCAAAAUACCGACAGAAAAAUUUUAUGGCAAAUUUUUAUAUUACACUUGAUGUCAGAUGGAAAAUCGUCGAUUUUGGAUCUAAAAAUGGUCUUAAAAUUAUUUAUUUUGGUCGGACAUGAUGUAAAACAAGAUCUACGACAUUUCGGAAGUGUUCAAUAACGAAUUGCCAAAAAAAAUUUCUUUUUGUUUUCAGUUUUGCCCCAAUGUCACCUAAAAUAGUAUAAAUUUUCGGGAGCCGCGCUCCGCCGCGCCCCCUCUACAUUAAGGGCUUCUGACCGUUUCCUCUUAACUUCAAUUUUUUUCACUUUUUUUUCCAUACAUUCUUUUUUUUACUCUUUGUGAUACCCAAAUGACUUUUUUUUAGUGGCUGUCAUUAUCGACCGGUCGGUACUGAAAAAUCGAGUUUUCUCCUUUCUUUUUGGAGCUAUGCUGCCGAUUUUUUUUUCAGAAUUCGUGGAAUGGAAUUCUACACCUGAAUAUGGUACUCGUUUUUUCACCAUAGUUGGAGUGUCAUUUUGAAAAUUGCAAAAAACCGACUUUUUAAAAAGUACCCCUUUUUUGAGCCACCUUUGCGGCUUUUUAAAGAUAGUUAGCCAGGUCCCGUUCCGAUAGAUCUCUUGCAAAACACUUCAAAUAGAUUUUCAGAAAUUUCUACAUAACGCGGUCGCGUCCCCAUCGCGGGCGGCUCUCGGGACUGGAAGGUUCCAAAAAGUCAAAAACGAUUCGACAUGAAAACGGCCAGCUAUCCACACGUUUCCUUCAUGCACUGUGGGUCAUUUUUCACGCUGACUCCAAAUCUGACAUGCUUUUUGAACAAAAAUUUGCAUAUCGGUUAUAUCCGGAUUUCAAAUCCAAAAUCCGAUUUUCGUAUCUCGGGAACUAGGACCUUAAUCAAAAAUCGCUGCCAUGGAAAGUUGCGGAGCGUUUUUUGGAAGCGCCUGAAGUGGUUUUCGGACGGCGGGUUACAGUCCCCGGUUCUAAACAAUUCGCGAAGUGAUUUUGUGACAUACUCAAAAACAUCUCGCGAGCGAAGCGAGCGCCGAGUUCCAUUCUUUCUUUAUCGGACGUGUUUUCUAUUCCUUUCAAACUUUCUAAUUGGAUUCUUUCAUGUAAAUUCAAAACUACGGUUACUAUAACAUUUUCAAUUUUUUCAACCCUUAGGCUACAGGUGUAGAUGAAGGAAAUUCCAAAUUCUGAUGCCAGAUUCUGAAUCUACGUGAAAAAUCACCAUCAGAAGUGGUAUCAUAGUCCUCCUAUCUCGCCGAUUUUUUUCGGCUUACUGUGGGUUACGGUAGCUUCUGCGCCGUAAGGCGCUUUUUCGCCAUUUUCUCAGCGUUGACGCGAUCGCGCCGGACAAAAUUCACAGCACUGGUAGUACUCGUCAUUACACGUCUUUCAAGGUGUAUUUCACGGUUCCAGGUCUGUCGCUACACGAGGGAUUACUGUAACAAGGUGUCUGGCUUAAAGUUACAGUAUCUCGGUCAAUUUUGAUCGUAUCCACCCGCCUCAAAAAUCAUUCUACUGUGUUUAAAUAGCUCUUCAAAACAUUAGUCGACGCGUUUCCGCCAUUUCUUGAAACCGGGUUACUGUAACAUCGUAAACAUAAAAAGUACCGUAACUUUUGAACGAGUAGAGAUACGAAGACGGGACCUGGCUCAAUCGUUCGGAAAUUGAAAACUCGAUCAGGAUAAGUGUAAAAAUCUGCAUAUUUUUCUAAAAUACGGUCUGGCCGAAUUUAAUUCUGGCCAAAUUUUCCAUUAAUUAUUUCACCCCGAAAAAGUCAAAACUUUUGGGUAAAAAACCCAAAAUAUGACGGCCCUCUAAUUGUACUACAACGUGGUAGAAUUUUUUUUCCGGGGGAUUGAACCUCCGGGGACUUCAGAUUGCCAGACUUCCGCGCUACCCACUGCGCCAUGGGUGGCUCUCUCGGAAUCAAAAAGGGACCGAGCGCGGGGGCUCCGCACUGUGCAAAAACACUUUCGAAAGGGUGCACUGUGCGGAUUUUUGCUUUGUCGCGCAGCGACAAAGCCAAAAUUCGCGCAGCGACAAAGCCAAAAUUGGGAUUCGCACUGUGCAAAUUGAGAAAAAGCCUAGCUCAUUGGGUAAAAUGCAGAGUGCACGGUGCGUCUGGGGGGAAAGUGGGAAAAUCAAAAGGGGGCCUGGGAAAAACGUUUGGAGGGUGUUUUUCGCACUGUGCAAAAUGAAAAAAAGCCUACGAACGUAGGCUUUUUUGUUGAUUGCACCGUGCAAAUUUUUCCAAAUUUCAGGUUUCGAAGGGGAGUGUCUGCAAAAUCUUUUGCGACACUCCGCCAACAAAUUUCGCACGGUGCAAAUUGGGAAAGGCUUCGUUUGGCAAGAUUGCACUGUGCAAACCGUGUCGCAACGUGGAAAAAGGGGCGUGGCAAAAGUUGAUUUUCCAUUUUCGUGAGAGAGCAAAAAUUUCUUUAGCUUUCUCGUCGAUUUCGGGUCCCAGUAUUUUUCCGAGGGCGAUAUCGGUUGGGUUCGCGCGGGUUCGAAAUUUUUUUAUUUUCUCCGGGUUUUCGCGAGUGCACUGUGCGGUGAAAAGAUGCACUGUGAGUUGAUAAGGUGCACUGCGCGGUGCUUAGCGCAUAGGCUUAGUUUGCUUAGCCGCUUAGGCUGCGUAGGCUUAGCUCAGGCUUAGUUUGCUUAGGCUGCUUAGCCGCUUAGGCGCUUAGGCUUAGUUUGCUUAGCCGCUUAGGCUGCUUAGGCUUAGGCUAAUUAGGUGGCGCUUUGCGCGCACACCCGCGUUGGGAAUGUAGGCUGACGAGUCGCGUAGCGACGUAGUCAGGCUACAUCCCAACGCAGCUUGUCUAUUUUCAGCACUACAGUCUCCCUCUUCUUGUCGUGUCUGGCCAUUAUCUGACCAAAUUCUUCUUGGCGGUCACCAUCCGCGCCAUCCUUGAGUUCUUUACGGGUCAAAAAAGGCCUCGAGUCGCGUUCAAAGACCAGAUCCGAUGGCUUUUUCCGGUCGGAUCCUGCGCUUCAUUGGACAUUGGCCUCUCGAAUUGGGCAUUGGAAUAUGUGACGGUCAGUCUGUACACAAUGGCCAAGUCAAGGUGAGAUUUUUCGAUUUUUUUUUGAAAAUUUAGAUGUUUGAGGUUGAGAUUUUUUGAAAAAAAACAGUUGAUGAUGGCUUUAAAAUUUCUUGUCAUAAUUAUGGGGUAAUUAUGACAAAGUUUGACAGUGUAAUUUUGCAAGUUUUGUUGAAAAUUUUAACUUUUUCUCCUUUUGUUAUCUAAAACAAUAUCCGUUUCUAGUUCGAUCCUGUUCAUCGUCGGCUUCUCCCUCCUCCUCCGAUUGGAACGUUGGCGACCUUCUCUCGGCGUGGCAGCCUCCUUCAUCGCCGUCGGAUUAGUCCUGUUCACCUGGCGAAGUGAACAACUUGACGUCCGCGGCCUCUGCCUGGUCGAGCUCGCCGCUCUCUGCACUGGUGUCCGAUGGACCGUAAGCCAGCUGAUUAUGCAGUCAGAUGACCAACCGAGCCCUCUGCGACACCCCCUGGACAUGGUUGCCCAUGUUCAGACGUGGAUGUUCAUGACGAUCUUGCCCGUCGUCUACAUGGUCGAAGGAGAAGAUAUCAAUUGGACCUCGAUUGCUUCGUUCGAUCAAAGCUUCGAACCAAUGACUAUUGUUGUCCUGGUACUGUUUGGAGGAGUCUUGGCGUUUUGUAUGGAGAUGUCAGGUAAAUUUGAGGGGUUGGACCUUAUUUUAGGUAUAAGUUAUGAUAAAUUAGGAAAAUUUUGAUUGGUUUUUUAAAUAUUUGAGUAGGAUUUUGGAUCCUUGACCUAUUUUAGGGCGUUUCAGAGAGUUUACUACAGGAUUUUGAAAUUUUUAUCUCGAAGUUUUUGAGUUCUGACCUUAUUUUUGACAUUAGGUUUUUUAAGAUUUUUGAUUAUUAUUUUAACUUUUUUGAGGUAAAAAUGAUUCUUUUCAGAGUUCCUACUACUUGUCAAUACCUCUGGAAUUACUCUAAACAUCCUCGGCAUCAUCAAGGUAAACUUUUUGAGAUUUUUUGUUUUGAAAUUUAGGUACAAAGGUGGCCAAAAUUGAAAGAAAUCGAUCAUUUGAUUGAAAAAAGUGGAAUGUGUAAUUUUAGGAAGUGAUCACCCUCCUCCUGGCUCACCAACUCCACGGCGAUAGAAUCACACCACUGAAUAUCAUGGGUCUCGGGCUGACGUUGACCGGAAUGCUGAUCCACGGCAUGACCAAGACGGCGGCCCAGCAACGAAAGCAUUCCCGGCUCCAGAACGCGAUGGAGUGCCGCGAUUUGGAUCGGUCCUGGUCCACAGGCCCUCUCAGCCCCAAGUCGGCGACCUCGGAGGACCGGGAGCGAUUGUUGCAAGUUGCAGUGGAUUAGGGGAUUGUUUCGGGAAAGGAUAAUAUAAUUAUAUUAUCCAUGGGCUCAUUCUGUAUAUAGCUGGCUAUUUUGUUGUUGGAAAGUAACUUUGAUUGUAUCUAAGUGUCAAAUUGAGCAAAUCGGAUCCAAAUUUGGGAGUCUUGGGUGAAAUUUUGGGAAUUUCCAGAAAAUCCGUCAUCGUGACAUAUUUAUUUCGCUGGAAUGGAGAAGUUAGACGAUGAAAAUGAAAUGAGAAUGUAAAAUACGGGGUUGAUGAUUUUCCGUUUAUUAAUUUUCAUUUAUUUAUUUUGAAGAUUUUAAUUAAAAAUAGUCAUGAUGACGGAUUUUAUGGAAUUUCCGAUUUCGCCCUGUUUUUGAGCGAAUUUUUGAGUAAUAAGUAGUUUACAGUAGCUUCUGCUUGAUUUAGCCGUGUUUCUUACGCAAUCAUCACCCACAUAUUGCCUGAGGCAAAAGAAAUGUCCGUUUUUGAGAUUUUCGAAAUUCUAAUGUCAUUCUUUUUUGCAGCAGCUUCCUCUUUGCACAAUAUCGUCUUGUCACAUCGUCAAACCCCCAUAUCAAUUGUUCCGGACCCUUUCUUCCCGCUAAAACUCGGUGUACUUGA